CAAGACAUACGGGACCUGAAAUCACAAUUAAAAAACAUUCGUAAGAAUAAGAAGAAACCGGAGAAGUUCAUUUCUGAGGACGAUAGAAUAUUUUGCAUGUAUAUGCUGGAGCUCUAUGGGAAUGAUUACAACGCGAUGUGUCGUGAUUCAAGGAACAUUUAUCAGCUGACUUCUACCCAAAUUCGAAGGCUAAUAAGCGCAUUUAGAGAUUCAAAGUAUUAUGCGCAGUACCUAAAGCAAAAGCAUGAUAACGACCUGCAUGUUACAGAAUUUUAUGAAUGA